UUCCGGGUUGAACGCGUUUUUUUACUUCCAUCACCCAAAUUUUCUAUGCCACGGAUCCCUUUACUCGACGUUCUGCAUAGAGGAGUGGUCUACUCUCUUGCUGGCCUUUCCGUUUGGGCCAUUGUCUCCAGUGUUGCUGUCCACCGAAAUACAAUACGAAGUGGGAGAGAGUAUAUGGAGCGAAAAGAGGCAGAACAACGGCAACAGCGCGAAGAAGCUAUGGGCCCCGUAUCCGAAGCUAUAGAACACCAUACAGUCAAAAGACCGUGAAGCUGCAGUGUGAUGCGCAUAGCUGCCAGGCAGCGAGCAUUUCCAACAGUUUCGCCCUGUUACACAAACGAUGAUCAAUAUCAAACGCUAGUCUGUGUUGCGGAGAGGGCUAUCUCGUCAGGCUUGAUUUGCGAAGAUAGGAGAAAGCAGAUCCCAUCGCAUGUUACGUCGUAUACUACACUGAACAACGAGCUUCCACCGCCGUCGAUACGGAGGACCGU